UGGGACUAGGACUCUCCAACCUCCUUCGUCUAAUUAACAAUGGCUUAGCCCUACUCCAUGCACAUGCAAGCAUCUCCAUCUAUAUCUCUAGCUAUUCGAUCUCUAUCUCUUUCUGAUCUUAUUCUUCUCCAUAUGAUCUGUUGCCAAUACAUAUAAUAAUUAUAAUUAUAUAAAUCUUAUAUCAUAGCUACAAUAGAGAGAUGGAAAGAAUGAGUUGUAGUACUCUGCGAGAUCUGGGCUGUGGAGGAAGCUUCUCCUUCAGCUGCUCCGACUCCGACUUAAACUUCUCCUCUGCCCUCUCCCAUUUCACCGACGAUGUCGGUGAUGAUGUUGUUGAAGAGGAUGAUGAUAGUGACGUCGACGAUGAAGAAUCAUACAUCGAAAUAGCACUGGAUCAACACCAUCCUAAAGCAAGCCAUGAUGAUGGUGAUGGAGACCGGUUAGACCAUGUCAAUUACUUGCGCAUAUCGUUUUCGUCAAGCUUUCCCUUCCCAGACUUCUCCAACCACACCACCAACCCUAAUACUCAAGACGACAGGAACAUCGUCUCCGAGACGACGACUACUGACCCAGCUGGAGCAGUAAAGCAGGCAGCAUCAUCUUCAUCAAUGACGUCAAUAUCAGCGUUGUCCACCUCAAUGGAAGACUUUAGAGGCUCUGAUCAUGAUGUUAGAUCCAAAAGGUCGAAAUUGCCGGCAGUCAACCGCCUAGUCAAUACGUUGUUCUUUAGUCUUUGGUCAUCGUCGGACGCCACCGCCAAGAAAGUUAGUGGUGCUCAGGACCAUUAUAAUAUUAGUCAUCCCCAAUUGCACGUGGACAACGAUGACUUCGUACAGAACAGGAAAGUAUCAAACAUAAAAACCACAGUCAAUGGCGGCAUCAUGAAGUUGCUUUUCAAGUUUCGAGCUAUGAAUCUUGGAACUCUGGUAGCUUCAUUUGUGAAACCCCGAAAAGUUGUUUGUCCUCCUGAUCAAGAGUACUGCCAUUUUAGUAACGGAGUACGCAAGAACAAGAAAUCAAAAGCUCAGUCGACUCUUCAGAAUCAGAAGCCCUUAGACAAAUUCUUUGUACAAAAGAAGCAGCAGGGAAAGGGUGUCAAGAUGGACUCUUCACGAGAGGUAGGAGGCGGUGAGAAAUCAAGAGUGUUGGAGAAAAACUUGAACUCAGUUAGAGGGGUUUUAGAAGCUAUAGGAAGUAGUAUGAGCACAGGCGUUAACCGCAAAGAAAGAAGAACGAGGAGCUGCCCAAGUUCUAUCAAGUCCUCUCCAAUUCAUAAAGAAUUUGCAGGUGAUCAGAGUAAAGUAUUUGCAAGAGAAACCUCAAUUCAGGCUGCAAUUGCCCAUUGUAAAAUUUCAUUUGAACAAAUAUCUUGAUUUUUGAUUAGCUUUUGAAUACCGAUGGGAGCUUUCCUCAUUUAGAUUCUGUCAUGGCAUCACCGAUAACGGAUCGUGAUUUAGUAGUAAAUGAAAAUUUCACUUUUUUUUUAUGCAUGGAGUAUAUAUUAGAGUA